GAUAUGGUCUGAGCAGUGGAUGUGUUUGUGCAGAACAAAGCAUUCUCUCAAAAGGAGAUUAAGGAUUCGAACUCUUCAGUUUGGAGUAGCUCACAGCAUAAAUGAGAUUUAUGAUAGUGUUGAUUCUGAAGUGGUGCUUACAUUACUUGUCCACAAGGUUAUUCUAGCCUCGUUGGAGCAAGGCGUUCGAGAGGGCAGAAUGUUACUUCACGAUUGGCUUGUUGUUCUUACGGCUCAGUAUAAUGAUGCUUGCAAACUUAUUCAGUCUGGGCAUGGAGGUUCAACAGGCGUUCACAUUGAUGUUGCAUUCUCUCAAUGUCCUCAACUGCAACCUUUGCCCCGUUUGGUUUUUGCUCUAUUACGAAAUCCUCUUCUCCGUUUACACGAAGAAGGCGUGCAUCCUGACUACCGAAUAUAUCUUCAGUGUCUCUUUAGUGCACUAGAACCUUCUUCUCUUAAUCGUGCCAUCUAUCCAUUGUUAACCUCAUAUGCCUCGCUGGACAAACAAGCAUAUCCUCGACAUUCCCUGAGCCGGGCUGCACUGAUUACAAGUGGGAGCCCAAUAUUUUUCCUUGAUGCAUUCACAAAUCUCAUUGUGUUCUACGCUUCAACAGCAGACCCUUCGCUUCCUUUUCCACCACCGCAGGACUGCUUACUGAGAACAACAAUAAACAAGCUGAAGCAAGAGAGAUGUAUCACACCGAAACUUACCUUUAUCAAGGGAGGGCAGGACGAUGCAACAGCGUUUGAGAAUUAUCUGAUAGAGGAACAGGAUGUGGAAGGAAGUGGCUUCACAAGUGUUAUGGGUUUCGUUUCGUUCCUUGAGGAGAUUAAUCAGAGCACGUUAGAGUACUUGAAAUAACUUGCAAGAAGUUGCAUCCAUCCUUCAGUACACAGGUUAUGACAGGAAGCAGGCACCUCCGAACUUACUGUACAAUUGGACCAGAAACAGUUAUAUCGGUGACCAUCAAUGAACAAACCCACAUUUCUUAGAUUCACGUGAAGAAAACGUUUUGCAACAAACGGUUACAUGUAGCAUUGCAGCAAGCUUUUAUGACUUACUCAGAGCAGUUCUACCAAUGUGUCACACCCCAAGACAGUAGAUUUACUCAUUCAAAUUCUGUACCAGAAGACGGCUCAAACUGUUUUUCUUUUGUUGAUACCUUCAAUAUAGAAGAAGUAAAUUUGUGAGCUGAACUAGAACUUUUUUAAUGUCAGGUUUCUAUUAUUUUCUCAUUUACAUUUGGUUCUGUUGGUGCACUGGCAUAUGCAACGGGAAUUUGUAUUUUGUUUCCCCUUCUGUUGAGCUAUGCUUUUGUUCAUGUGAAGUACAAA